AUGCUUUGCGACCUCAACGUCCCGUGGCCCGGCGACUUCACCCGCAAACCGAGUGCCGACGAGUUCCGACGGCUUCGCCAGGUGGUGAUUACCCUCAGUCAUCUCGGCUAUACUCAUAUCGCUUUUAAUCUCACCGUCCCUGGCGAUUCCAAAAUCACGCUGCCUCAACCCAUCGAUGUCUCCAUCGUUAAAGACAUCCCCAUAAAAGUGUUCACUCGAAUCACGUUGAUGGUACUGGAUCCAGCUCAGUGCCACCUGAUUGCUAAGCUUAAUAACCAGUUUGACCUCAUCAGCAUCCAGCCAGAGUCAGAGAAAGCCCUCAUCUUCGCUGCCGGGCUCGACAUCGACAUCAUCACCUUCGCCCUGGGGGUGAAGUUGCCUUACUAUUUGAAACACAAGACGGUGUGUGGUGCCACCGACAAAGGGAUCAAGUUUGAGUUGCCGUACGCGGCGAUGGUGAUGGGGUACGAGCCGCUUGUGCUGACGCCGGUGGGGCUGCCACGGACGAAUUUCUUCUACAACGCCCACCAGUUGAUCCGGCUGCUGCGGUCUCGGGGGCUUAUUGCCUCGCUGGGAGCCCAGGCGCUGAGCCAGUGCCGUAGUGGCCACGACAUUACCGUAUUGCUUAAGACGUUAGGGUUGGACUCUGCUCGCGCCAAAGCCACGGUAUCAGAUAAUCCUGAACGGGCGUUGUUGCGGGGCCGGUUGCGGAUCAAACUGUAUAAGCAGACGGUCGAACCCGUCGACCGAGAUCGCAAACGGGGCGGCGACACCGAUGCCGUCAGACUACUAAAGCGAGCCAAGCUAGGCGCAAAGCAAUCAUAG